ACAUCGCGCAGCUCGCACCACCAUCAAGCGCCGCCGUCCCUCUUUCGCCCUCACUCAAUUUGAUUGCUGGCUCAUCAUCCAAAGGCCCACUCUGGAGGCUUCCUUGGAUUCGGCGCCCUGAUUCGGUCCUUUGCUAUCCCCUGCAUCUCUCUCCCCACCAGCUUUGCGCGCCAUGCUCUUCAAGGCAAGCACCGUCUUUGCGGUAUUGGCCAUAGCAUUCUCCCCUGCCACCGCUGCACCGCGCCCUGUGACUUCCCGCUCGGAUGGCUACGGCAACGCCAUAACGCAGGACGCUCCCUUCUCUCAGACGGAAGCUCAAUUUGCCGCCUUCCCGCUCAUUUGUCCCUACGGCGUGUCGCAAGCCAGGGUGAACAAGAAUAUCCUGUUCAUCCCGCCCACAGCUGCCUCUGGUACCAACUCCUUCUCGAAAGGCUAUGUGCCCGCUCUACGUGCGCAGGGCUUCUUUCCCUGCUAUGUGAACAUGCCAAAUCACUCGCUCGCAGAUGCGCAGGUCACGUCCGAGCACGUCGUAAAGCAGAUUGACGCCAUGUACGCCAGGGCCGGCAAUAGACCCUUUACGAUCUCGGGCCACUCGCAGGGCAACAUCAAUAUCCAGUGGGCCUUGAACUUCUGGCCGAGUCGUAGGACAAAGGUGCUCAACUACGUCGGCCUCUCCGCCGACUACCACGGUACGGCACUCGGGCAGCUCGUCCUGGCAGCGCAGAGAGCCACAGUAAUGGGCGGCUCGCCAGCAGUCAUCCAACAGUCAAUCAUUCUCGGCCGCAAUCCACAUUACAUCGACGCUUUGAACAAGCAUGGCAAUCAGCCCUUGGUCCCCACGACCUCGCUAUUUGGCCAACAAGACGAGGUGGUACAGCCUAUCGCCUAUUCUUCGAGGCUAGAUAACACGCCCGUUCCUAACAGCUUCAGUCAUAUUGACCUCUCUGCCGCAUGUGCAGGCCGAACGGCAGGGACCAUCGAUCACCUGCGUACUCUGCUAAUUGCGCCGGCCUUCUGGCUACUGGUAGACGCGAUCCAGACGGGCGGCAUCGCAGACUUGGACAGGGCGAGGAACCUAGCGCUUGCACAGAAGCAAGACUUCUGCUCAGACAUCGUGCCAGGGGCAACUGAUCAGUCCUUGGUGAACCUCGUCAAGACGGUGUGGCAGGCUGUGAUCCAGGUUGGAACUAACCAGUUCUUGUCCCAGACUACCAAGACGGAGCCCGCUCUUAUGCCGUAUGCUGCGAAUCAACCGUAAAAUGGAAAAGCCCUCUCCUGUUCGAGAGGACGUCUCGCACUUUCCUCUUCGUGCUCUUCAGUAGGCCUCGCCCCACAUUGCUCGCGUGCGACACUCGCUUCCAAACACUUUUUGACGUCCCGCAAUCUCCGAUCUCCGGCAGCUCGACUGAGGCAACAGAGCUCAUUCUAUGUCCGCCAAGCCCAAGCAGCGCCGUCGCUGCGCAGCCCUUCUGUCCUUUCCCCACGAUCAAAUUGCUUCGCUCCCGCAGAGCGCUGAGGGCCCGACGAU